UGUCCCACACCAAGGAGGAGGGGAAAGGGGGGCACUCGGCCCCAUCCUGCCCAGCUUUGGAGCUCUGUGCCCCUCAGGACGAUGGUCCCCAGUGCUGCUUUUGGAGCAGUGACCCUGGCUGGGUGUAGGAUGUGGACUCUGGCCUGGCUGGGCAUCACCAGCCUGUGUCUGGGGGCAGCUUGGGCUGUUCCAGCCAUGAAGGACAGGAGGAAGGCAGAGAAGCUAAAAGCUGACUUUGCACUCUAUGAAAAUGUGGACCUGGACAACUACGACCUGACAUUGGACAACUAUGGUGAGAUCCUUGACCUGAGCAACUAUGAGGAGCUCUAUGACUACGGUGACCUUGGUCCAAAGAUCGAGGUUGGCACCCUGGCUCCUCGCCCCAAGGACCCUGCAGCCCACCCAAACGUGGGUGCCACGGCUGAAACCCCAAAGCUGCAGCCUCCAAUCACUGCUGGCCCCAUCCGCCCAGCACCCAGCCCCGUGCAGGCCCUGCCCAGCUGCCUGCUCUGCCUGUGCAUUGGCACCUCUGUCUACUGUGAUGACACCGACCUGGAGCACAUCCCGCUGCUGCCUCCAGAGACCACCUACCUCUACGCCCGCUUCAACCGCAUCGCAGCCGUCCGGGCCAGCGACUUCACGGGGCUGAAGAAGCUGAAGAGAAUAGACCUGAGCAGCAAUUCCAUCUCGCGGGCAGACGCGGACGCCUUCCGCCUGCUGCCCAGCCUGCAGGAGCUCCUCCUGCCCCACAACCAGCUGGCAGUGCUGCCCCAGCUGCCCCCCAGCCUCAUCCACCUGGAUGCCCGGCUCAACAGGAUCCCCAGCUCUGGCCUCCAGCCCGAAGCUUUCCGGGACCUGAAGCAGCUGCAGUUUCUCCAUCUGUCUGAUAACCAGCUGGAUUAUAUCCCGACACCCCUGCCCGAAAACCUGCGCUCCCUGCACCUCCAGAACAACAACAUCCAGACCAUGCAGGAGGACACGUUCUGCAACAGCCAAGACCCCAGCCAGAUCCGCAGGGCGCUGGAGGACAUUCGCCUGGAUGGCAACCCCAUCAACCUCAGCCUCUUCCCCAAUGCCUAUUUCUGCCUGCCCCGCCUGCCCACGGGUCAAUUCUUCUGAGGCCCACGGCCCCAGUGCCAGGAAACCAGGGCAAACACUCCCAGACCCACCAAGGCCCAUCCCAGACCCCUAGAAUCCUGCUGCCCCAUGGAAAAUGUGGAGUUGAGGGAGAUGCAUUUAACUGGUGUGAGCUGAGUCCCUGUGCAGGGUGAACUCGGUUCUGGGGCAAACAGAG